AUAAAACAACUACAACAAAAUCUAUUAAAUUAAAUCUAUCACUUAAUGGAAUCAAACAGCAGAGUAUGAGUGCGACAGAGAAACAGCAAUAAAAAGAGAGGGAGAGAGAAGAAAACAUGCACACAAAACCUAUUAAAACAUGAAUAAACAAAACAAAACUGAAUUGAUUUUGCGCUUUGCCAUAAAAAUACAGGGAAAUUUCUCUCAAUUAAAUAAAGAUUUACUCUAAAACUGGGCGGUCUUUUGGAUUUAACCCCUCGUUUAUGCCAACAUAAUAAAAAGAAAACCCUCAUAGACGCCAUUUGUAUGAGAAGUCUAGGAAAAAAGUGGUGGUGAGAGCAGUGAAUGGAUGGAUGUUUGGAUUUUUAUCACUUGAAAUUUUUGUGUGAUAUUUGUUGAUGCAAAAUAAACCGUUAGAUCAUUCGCUAUUUAGCAUUACAACUCAACGGUCGUGUGUAAUUCUUGUGAAAUUAAUUUAUACAAAAAACAACAACAACAACAAAAUAACAAAAAUUUCAACAAAAUUAAAGCAUUUUAACGGUAAUAAAUCCUGUUAAAAAUAAAACGUCAAAUCAAGUGACAGCUUAAAGCAAAAAUUAUUUAAAAAAAAACAGCAAAAUAAACAAAACAAAAAUAAUUGUAAAUUAAUUAAAACCUUAAUUAGUGUAAUUAAAUAAAAACUUCAAACAAGAAAAUUAUAAAAGUGUUGUUUAAAAAAAAACAUAAAAUUUAUUUAAAAAUAAAAAAAAUCUAUUCUAAACCACACACUUUUACACCUGUUUCCUUUUUUACACACAUGCAGCAGCAACAACAUUUUUAAGGAUAAUUAACUUCGAAAAUUGUGUUUAAAGUUUUGUUCAAAUUUCUUUGACGUUUAUUUUUAUACGGUAAUUUAAACUUUCUAAAGUUUAAUUUGGUUUUGUUUUCGCAUAGUUUAAGGAGUUUUUCCAUUACACAAAUACAAUCACCUUAAGCUCAGUUAAGUGUGUGUUUAGUUGUUAAAUAAAAAAAAAAUAAUCAAAACUUUCUUUCAUUCUUAACGCACGUGAGGCAGAGUUUCUUUACGAAACUCGCCCAAACAAUUGCUGCCAAAAUUUUCACAGACGGUAAUAAGUUGGGUCCUGCUGCUGCGGGAAGAGGCAUGUUUUGUUAUCAAUGUCCACCCGCUUUACAUCCCUGUGGUCCGCAUCCACCUCGUUUGCCUACGCUGGAAUAUCCUUUUGCAGCUACACAUCCUUAUACCAGUUAUUCUUACCAUCCUGCCAUACAUGAUGAAACAUUUGUAAGACGUAAGCAACGGCGUAAUCGUACCACCUUUACGUUACAACAGUUGGAGGAAUUAGAGACUGCAUUUGCCCAAACUCAUUAUCCGGAUGUUUUCACACGUGAAGAUUUAGCCAUGAAAAUAAAUCUAACCGAAGCUAGAGUACAGGUGAGUAAAAUUAUAUAUAAUAUAUAUAUAGAGAGUUAUCAAGGAUUGGGGUGGGUUGAUUUAAAAUUGUAUCAAAUUUCAUUUUAUAAUUUUCUUUAUUUUGAUGAUUUCAAGCAUAACGACCCCUUUUCUUCUUAUAUUUGCGAUUUAUGUUGUGUUGUCCUUGUGUUGUCUGUAUAUUAUAUUAUUCAUAUUUUAAAAUAUCUCAUGCCUUGUGAUCAAAAGGAUUUUUAUUCUCCAUAUUUUAUGUUUUAUUUUUGAUUUCUU